CGCUGUGGGGACGGACCGGGCGGGUGCAGCGCCGCCAUGGCCGCCCGCGUCCUGAACGUGAAUGUGGGAGUGCUGGGCCACAUCGACAGCGGGAAGACGGCACUGGCGCGGGCGCUCAGCACCACCGGCUCUACCGCCGCCUUCGACCGGGCGCCACAGAGCCGCGCGCGGGGCAUCACGCUGGACCUGGGCUUCUCCUGCCUGCGCACCGCGCUGCCGCCGCAGCUGGGCCCGGGGCCCGGCGAGCUGCAGUUCACGCUGGUGGACUGCCCGGGGCACGCCUCCCUCAUCCGCACCAUCAUCGGCGGUGCCCAGAUUAUCGAUUUAAUGAUGCUUGUGAUAGAUGUGACAAAGGGGAUGCAGACACAGUCAGCAGAGUGCUUGGUAAUUGGGCAAAUUGCCUGCCAGAAGAUGGUGGUAGUCCUGAACAAAAUAGAUCUCCUUCCAGAGGGGAAGAGACAGAGUGCCAUUGAGAAGAUGACUAAGAAAAUGCAGAAGACCUUGGAAAAUACCAAAUUCUCUGGGUGUCCUAUUGUUGCUGUUGCAGCAAAGCCUGGUGGACCAGAAGCCCCAGAGUCUGAGAAUCCACAGGGUAUUUCUGAAUUAAUUGAGGUCUUGAAGUCUCAGGCUUACCUGCCAUCAAGAGACCCCUCAGGACACUUCCUUAUGGCAGUCGACCACUGUUUCUCUAUCAAGGGUCAAGGCACAGUGAUGACAGGGACUAUUCUUUCUGGCUCUGUUAGCCUUGGUGACAAUGUGGAGAUUCCUGCCCUGAAGGUGACAAAGAAGGUCAAAUCCAUGCAGAUGUUCCAUACUCCUGUGACUUAUGCAAUGCAGGGUGACAGAGUAGGUGUCUGUGUGACCCAGUUUGAUCCCAAGCUGCUGGAACGAGGCCUGAUUUGCACCCCAGAUUCACUUCACACCAUCCAUGCUGCCAUAGUUUCCUUGAAGAAAAUUCAGUAUUUCCGAGGAGCUCUUCAGACUAAGGCCAAGUUCCACAUCACAGUGGGUCAUGAGACAGUUAUGGGAAGAGUGAUGUUUUUCAGUCCAGCCCCUGCUAACUUCAACGAAGAAAUUCAAGAAAAUGUGUUUGAUUUUGAAAAAGAUUAUCUUUAUCAAGAGCAAUAUUUGUCCAAGGACUCGGUUUCUUCAGAGGAGAACAAAGAAAAUGACCAGGCAGGAGAAGUCCAGCUCCCAAAACAACAGUGGGCUUUGCUGGAGUUUGAAAAACCAGUCACUUGUCCUAAACUGUGCCUUGUGAUUGGCUCUAAGCUGGAUACAGAUAUUCAUGCCAAUACCUGCAGGCUGGCAUUCCAUGGGGUGCUGCUCCAAGGCAUGGAAGACAAGAACUACACAGAGACUUUCCUUCCAAAGCUGAAAGUGUACAAACAGAAGCACAAAGAGGGACAGGUGGAAAGGGUGAUGGAUGAUUACAGUGUGAUUGGUCGUUCAUUGUUUAAAAAGGAAACAAACAUCCAGAUUUUUGUGGGUCUGAAAGUGAAACUGUCUACAGGAGAAGAUGGAAUAAUAGAUGGUGGUUUUGGACAAAGUGGCAAAUUCAAAAUCCGCAUUCCAGAUGGGCUGAAGCCAGAUACCAAGAUGCUGCUAACUGCUGCCUCCAAGAAGAAAUCUAAGGGAGGGAAGGGGGAUAUGACCAAAGAGGAUGAAAGCAGCAAGAAUGAUUCAGCCCAACCUGUUACUAUCUCUCUUAUCUUUAAAAGAUAUGUUUUUGACACACAGAAGAAAAUGAUCCAAUCCUGAGGAAACAAGAGAGGCCUUUGAUUACACCUUAAAGUCCAGACCCUGAAAUGCAUUGAGGUGGAAUGUGUUUCUUGUCCAAACACAUUAAACCUGCUCCUUCCUCACAAACAGAGCCUGGAAGCUUUUGCUGACUGUGCCCCCUUCCAAAAUCUCUGCAAUCUCAUAUUGUUCUGUUCAAAUGUGCUUAUUUUGUCAUCUCUGUGAUGUGCAUCUUUAUGGCAUCUCAGAGAAUCUCACCUGCCAGAGGAGCACCCCUGGGUGUACAUUCUAAUUGCACUGUUUUCCUGGAUAAUUGUGUUGAAGUUUCUCUUGAUUUAGAAGUUUGCCACCAAGUCAGGAUGUGAAUUUCAUGUGACACACAAAGUGAAGCUGACUAUUCUAGGCUUGAGCAAAGUGGGAGACAGAAGGCAUGCUAUUUAAUAGGUGAAACCUAAAAUGGAUGUUUCACAUUCCUUCAGUUGCAAAUAUGUAAGAUGCUAUCUGAGAGAUGGUAUGGAUGUUUUUUAUAAAUAUGGUUUAUAUCUAGAAAUGUUUUCCAUAUUAAACAUAAUGAUCUGUGUAGCUGAGAGUCUUAAUUGUUCUGUUUGCUGUUCCAAAAGUUCAGAAUUAUCUUCAGUGACAUUUUAUGUAGCUUUUUUGAUUUUCAUGCCUGUUCUGAAAUGAAUCCUAUUCCAAACCUGUUUUCUUUUUCCUUUUUUAUUUUUUUUGUAACCAAAAUGCCUUUUGUGUGUGAAAGAAAAAGUUGCCUCUGGAAACAGUAAAGGGUUUUGUUUCAUUAAAAUAAUGAUAGAAGAUUGCUGCAUAA